UCGUUCGCCAAGAGGCUAGUUUCGUAUCUGCGUGUGUUCCCGGGCGGCCGUACCCCCCUUACGCAGUGGCGAUCGUGGCAGGAGGCCGGUGUCUGCUGCAGCCCAACAUGCUGCCCUUCGAGACGCCCAGCAUUUUCGACCAGCUCCCGCGGUUCGUCUUCAAGAUGCCGAGGGUUGUGCCCGAUCAAAAGGGCAAAUUCGAGUCGGACGAGCUCUUCCGUCGUCUCAGCAGGGAAUGCGAGAUUCGCUACACUGGUUACCGCGAUCGGCCCUUGGAGGAACGGCAAGUGAGGUUCCAAAAUGCGUGCCGAGAGGGGCACACCGAAGUGGCAUUUGUUGCAACGGGGACAAACCUUCAGUUGGUGUUCAGCCCUUGUCAUAAUGGCUAUGUGGAUUCCUGUGACUUUGAUAAAGAGCACGGAAAGGUACAUAUCAAGUCCAGCUUUAUCAUGAAUGGCGUGUGUGUCCGAUACCGUGGCUGGAUCGACUUGGAUCGGCUUGACGGUGUUGGCUGCCUCGAGUACGACGAAGAGCGAGGACGCCUGGAAGACGCUGUGCUUAGAGACCAGAUCGAAUGCUACAAUCAGAGGCUUCGAGAUUUCGAAGAGAAGCAACGCGCAUUCCGGGCACGUCAUGAGCGGCAGGCCGAAGCAGAGCUUGAGGCACGAAGAAAGCACCAGGAACUGAGUCCGGACCGCGCUGGAUCCGCCAGCAAUUGAGCACGAGCCAUCGCCGCAGCCCGCCUAUCUUUCAGCAUCGGUGACCGUGUGCCGCUACCACGUGGGGGCUGCCAUUUUCUGGCUGGAGACAGAAGUACGACAGCAAACCUACUGUCUCGAUCACUGCGCAAUGGGUUCCUCGUCGCUGACGCAUGAACUCACUGCUCACCAACUUCUGCUGCUCAUGUUGAGGACGGCGUCCGAACCCACUUCGUCCUUUGAUACUGCUGCUGUCGAAUCGGACGUUUUUGUGAUAAUUAUCCAGAUUCUAAAGUCAUUCACCAUCUUCCCUUACAUUCUAUCACUCUGGAACGCGUGGUAAUGAUCACCGUGCAUCCCUGCCUUUCCUAUGUACGGCAACGGACCUAUAGUUUGCCGAUCUUGUUUCACCUUGGAACGGAUGUGGGCAUUUUGUAUGUGCUAUGCGUGCAUGUUACAAACCCAUGUAUCAUUUUAACCGUUAGCAUUUUUGGCAUUAAGCUCACAUAUAACCAGAGAACUUUGUUUACGCGUGCUGAAAAGAAAAAGAAAAGAUAGAAAGGAAAAAGUCACGGGAGAAAUCAUUACCAUUUGACAUUACCAUGGCUUGCAGGUUCUACCAUUUUCAAGAAAGGUUGUACAUGCUGACGGCUACUUUGCAUAUGUGAAGAGUUUGAAAACGGCAGUGAUGUGAUAGGGCAGUGCAGAAAAUGUGCUGGCGUGUAUGUACCAUACUGUAUUUAUGUAGUGGCAGUUCUUCUCGUUUAAAAAUGCCGUCCUUCUGUUCUGAACUUUUCUAGAACAAAAAGGUUCUCUGAACUUUUCAGUUGCACGAGUGCAUCUGUCAUGUUAGCGAUCGGGAGCAAGUGUGUAAAACCUAAUCACUCACCAUGGAUCAAUACGGCCUGUUUGCACAGAAUUAAUUCGGUGCGUGGGGGCGCCUCCCACUACUGCUUUAUAUUGACCCUCAGGACUUGGUGAUCGCAUUAUUGGGUUGAAUUUUCUCUCGGUUUACUUCUUUACCUUAUUCACCUUGGAAGUGUUCAGUAAGAAACAUAAUCACGCGGGUGUUACCCUUAUUUAUUAUUUCUGUCAUUUUCUGCAUCAAACUGAUAUUUACCUGUAGGUUCAAGGAAAGCCCGCAUUCGUGCGCUCCGUUAAGGAAGAAUUUCAGUGGUGUCAGGGAUUUAUCAGACGGUGCAACCCUGUACCUAUAUGCUGCUGUCGUCAUUACAAAUGUGCUCAUCCAAGUCUCAUGUAGAUAUUGUUAAUAUAGCUUACGGCUUACGUCGAGCAAACGAGAGGUUGGACCUUUGGUUAAUCCUGCCUUACAUUUGUUUCCCGCUUCCAUAUGUUACUUCUUGCUGCAUACGUUCCGCAUGAAAGCGGGUGGAUGUGCUUCAUACGUAUUUCAAUGCAGGUUUAUUUCUUAUAGCCAGAGAAUAUUAUAACUGCUUGCGGUUUUUGCUUUUUGAAAGGAUGUUGGAUUUUGUCUGUACAGUGCAAAAGCGAGAAGCAAUGAAGAACACAGUCUAGUCUGGGUACUACGUGUAUUUCCUGAUUGUACACGAGACGUAUUGUAUAAAGGUAUUUCAAAACGU